AUGUUGGGCCUUCUACAAACAUCCAUUGACGUCGAGACUCUGGGAUGGGUCACUUUUGGCAAGGUCGGGCUCAAAGUCGUUCAUGGACGCACGGGCAGUGGCCUCGCGUAUUUGAAUAUAUACGUGAAGCAUUUGGAGCGGUCAGGAUUUGCCGUCGGAGGUCUACUUGGCGAAGACGACCACGACGACGUAAUCGCCCCUACAGAGGAAUGUGCCAAGCGUUUGUUCCUGAGUGAUGACGUGGAGACACGCAGCCGGGCCCCUUCAACGUUCUCAGUCGCAACCGCAAGCCUCGCCUGA